AUGAAGAGAAGAUUUGAUAGUGGUGCAAUUCAAAUUGAACAAACAAAUCAAACUCAAAGUGUGAGUGACAAUGGUAACAUUGAAAAUAUAGUUGUUCCAAUUGCAGAAGACCCAAUUUUAGAACAACAGCCAGCAGGAAAUUUAAAUAUUAUAAACCAGGAACGAGUUGAAACCGAAAUCUCAUUACAGGAAAAUGCAGGUGAAAAUAAAAUUGGAGAUAUGGAAACAGAAAUAACUGAUCCGAUUCAUCAAGACUCUAAUCAUCAUGCAUUUCCUUAUCGUUUCUUAAACAAAACUCUUGCAAAUGGAGAAACUUGCAAAAGAGACUGGUUGUGCUGGAGUGUUGAAAAACAAUCUUUGUAUUGUGCACCAUGUUUUCUUUUUAACAAAAAUGCUGCAAAUGUGUCAUUUUUUUCUAGUUCUGCCGGAUGGGGCAUCAGUAAAGGUUGGAGAAGAUUGAAAGAUCGUAUUCCGUCGCACGAAAGUACAAUUUACCAUAAAGAAAACUAUGUUGUAUGGAAAUCUGCUAGUAGAGCAGAACUAUGUGAAACUUCAGUGGAUAAUUUACUUUUAUCAGAACUCAAGACUGAAACUGAAAAUUGGAAAAAAUUAUUCCAACGUAUUCUAGAUGUUAUUAAUUUUCUUUCUGAACGUGGAUUAGUACUUUUUGGUUCUAACCAACGAAUAGGUGAUCGAGCGAAUGGAAACUUUUUAGGUAUUAUUGAGCUUCUUAGCAAAUAUGACCCACUUUUAGCUGAGCAUGUUAAACAUGUUCAAGAAUCACAACAGUGUAAGCAGCGAAUGCAAGCUCAUUAUCUUUCAAAUGCGAAUUCAGAACGAAUUUAUUGA